ACCCUUUCCUGCCCGGGUUAACCCUUUCCUGCCCGGUGGCUUUCUUAACCCUUUCAGGGCGGGACUAGAUUUAAUGGUCUGCUGGACCAUCCACUAGGAAAGCUUCUCUUUCCUACUAUUGGGGAUUUGGCUUGAGAAGAGAAAGGGAGGGAGCUCUGAGAGAGAAGAGAGCACACACUUCUUGGCAUCAGGACUACUUUUAACCUUUUGAUGCCAGGACUGAUGUGCAAAGUGGCUCUGAAGAUAAAUUGGCAGAUGGGGAACGUUGGUCUGCGGUGAGACAAGGAAGACAGCUGAAAUCGGACUCUUUGUAUCCGUAGAGUGAUUGUCUCUCCUGCUCCAAGGGUGACACUGGCAGCAUUUGCUCUUCUUCUGAGAGUGGAGGUUUUUUUUUUAACUUGAUCAUCUGUUUGUAGAGCACUGUGAGUGGUCCUUAAGGAAGAUCAGUGCCUGAAACAUUAAAAUCUGGAGGAUCCCAACUGACAGGACAUUGCAAAUUGGUGACAUCUUUGCCUCAUAAAGAAAAAAGUGAUUUGACAACAAAUUCGAACCAGCCAUGGCGGAUGUUGCUGUGUCUUCCAGUCAGCAGCAACCCAACGGCAAAUCAUCUCCUGUCUCCCUCUGCUUGGGUGCAGGUGGUGGAGAUGGUGAUGGAGGGGGACCUUUUCUGGCCUCUCCGCCUUCCAACCAGGAACUGCUCCACGGAGAGGAAGCGGGCAGCAGGUGGCAGCCGAGAGAGGCCACACAGCAGCAGGACGGCAGAGAGGAUGCCUGCCUCGGUGCAGAACAGGCAGCUUCUCCCGUCGAGGAAGGUGAGGUGGCGGUGGCUCAGAACUGUGACACAGCUGCGAGUGACAGGUCAUCGCUGGCUCUGCCCUGUCGGGAAUAUUUUGGCCCAAGGUACAGGCCUCAAGCCGCCGGGGAAGAGGAGCGUCAGCUGGGCAAGAAGAAGCAUCGGAGACGCCCGUCCAAGAAGAAGAGGCACUGGAAGCCGUACUACAAGCUCACCUGGGAGGAGAAGAAGAAGUUUGAUGAGAAACAGAGCCAGCGAGCGUCCCGGCUGCGGGCGGAAAUGUUUGCUAAGGGGCAGCCGGUGGCACCGUACAACACCACGCAGUUCCUUAUGGAGGACCACGACCAAGAAGAGCCAGAUCUCAAGACCGGCCUGUGCCCCAAGAAGGCAGCUGCCAAGCCUGAGGACACCAGCGAGGAAGAAUUUGUGGAAGAGGAGGAUGGCGGCAGUGACGGCAUGGGAGGCGACGGCAGUGAGUUCCUCCAGAAGGACUUUUCGGAGACCUAUGAGCGCUUCCAUGUCGAGAGCCUGCAAAACAUGAGCAAACAGGAGCUGAUCCAAGAGUACCUGGAGCUGGAGAAGUGUCUCUCCCGGAUGGAGGAAGAGAACAACCGCCUGCGGAUGGAAAACAAGAAGUUUUCAGGGGACUCGACAGAGGACCCCCGGGUAAGUCAGUUAGAGCAGGAACUGGACAGGUUGAGAGCUGAGAAUCAAAAACUCUUGAAAGAAAAUGAACUCGGCAGACAGCAGGAGAAAUCUGUCUCUAAACUGGGCGAGUGAAAAAGCAGGGGCUUGCCUGGGGACUUUAAGUGGAAUGAGACUGAACACCUUCCCGGGAUGAGAAUGCAAGAUCUAUAUCCAUAUUUUGUGUGUGUGCGUGUGUGUACAUAUAUAAAUAUAUAUAAGACAAAUGGACCUUUUUCUCUUUUGAUGAUUUACGGUAAUCAGAAUAAAUUCCAAAUCACGCAUUGUUUUUGAAGAUAGCUCUAACAUACUGUGUGCUCUUUUUUUAAAAGUAUGUAUAAUCAAGGGGUCUCUGGGGCGCUUUUUAAAACAGAACCAACAUCCAGCAUUUGUGAGGGAACUUUUUAAAAUACACCUGACUUACCAAAACUUGGGUUUUGUGUUUCUUUUAAAGGAGCAGCUGGGGUGGGGGUGGGUAAGGGCAAAGGAAAGUGACACAGUUGUAAACCAAUCACAUUCUGGAAAAAUAUAUGCAGAUUAAUGCUGAAGAGUUCUAAUAAACUGAAGGAUGUGUGUGUGUAAUA